UGGAGUUCUGUCAACACAGGUAAAGGGCUGACCUACAGCACUUAAGUGAUAGCCUUUCUGUUUCAGAGAAAAGCAAGGCCCAUAUACGUGAACCUGGUAGUGAAGGAGAAAACAGAUCAUUCUGCUAAGCAACCAGUGAUUUGGAAGUUGAUUACAUUUAAUUAAUCAGUAACAGGAAAGCACAGAUGAAAGAAUUUUUUGUAGUAUGAUUGAUAAGGAAAAAACAAAUGGUGCUGAGUGAUGGUAUGAGACAACUUUCAGCAGAGCACAUGGAGAAAGGAGGAAAUAAUCACAGAUAAUGCCAAUCAAUAUAAAGACAGAAAGUCUUGAAGAAGACAACAAGAACAUUUUUGUUAAAAGUGAUUACAGCAGGUGGUCAACCCAGUUAGCUUCAGACUGCAAGUUUUUAUAACCACUUUAUAGACAACAAGCAAAACGACUGGGUGUGCAGCAUCUUGGAACCCUCCAUCAAGUGUGCAGAUCCUUCGUGUCUCCAGGAACUCCAGGCCUCACCAUGGUGGAGUCUGAGCGCCUCUCAGCCCGUGGCUGCUGGGCUGCCUUCACCAACUUCUUAUGCACCAGAAAGGGAACUCUCCUAUUUGCUGAGAUUGUAUUGUGUCUGGUGAUUCUAAUCUGGUUCAGCCUCUCAACACCAGGAUACUCCUCUCUGUCAGUGGUUGAGAUGAUCCUUGCUGAGAUCUUCUUUGUCGUCUACAUGUGUGACCUACCCACCAAGAUACAAUCCAUCAACUGGCCUUGGACUGAUUUCUUCCGAUCCCUCAUUGCAGUCACCCUCUACCUAAUCACCUCCAUUGUUGUCCUUGUCGAGAGAGGAAAUCGCUCCAUAAUCAUUGCAGGGGCACUGGGCCUCAUUGCUGUUUGCCUCUUUGGCUAUGACGCCUACAUCACCUACCCCUUGAGGUAAUAAAGACAUACAGCAGCCCUGACUGACUGUGC